AAACAAUUAAUGGCCUGUGAACAGUUUAGGGUCUAACCCUGCCCUGUCCGAUCAGCAAGAGAGUGUUGGGAUAAGAGCAGAUGAAAGCCUUAUGCCACAGCAGUGCCUGCAGCAGAGAAAGGAUUCCUUCCUCCACCUCACGCCCCACUGCUGCUGCUGCUCUCCAGCCUGCAGUUUCCUCUAAGGCUCUGGAUUGGCUGGAAGAGCAACAGGGGGCUGGGAAAGAGCUUCUAUAUAUGCCUCAGAAGGAAAGGCAUCCCAGACAGUUUUGAAGUUUUCAAAGACUGGUUCUGCUGUUAAGAAGUUGUACUUAAAGCGGAGGAGCUAAGCCACCUGCCAAAAUGUGCAAAGGACUUGCAGCUUUGCCCCACUCAUGCCUGGAAAGGGCCAAGGAAAUUAAGAUCAAGUUGGGAAUUCUCCUCCAGAAGCCAGACUCAGCUGGUGACCUUGUCAUUCCAUACAAUGAGAAGCCGGAGAAACCAGCCAAGACCCAGAAGCCCUCACUGGACGAGGCCCUGCAGUGGCGUGAUUCCCUGGACAAACUCCUGCAGAACAACUAUGGACUUGCCAGUUUCAAAAGUUUCCUGAAGUCUGAAUUCAGUGAGGAAAACCUUGAGUUCUGGAUUGCCUGUGAGGAUUACAAGAAGAUCAAGUCCCCUGCCAAGAUGGCUGAGAAGGCAAAGCAAAUUUAUGAAGAAUUCAUUCAAACGGAGGCUCCUAAAGAGGUGAAUAUUGACCACUUCACUAAGGACAUCACAAUGAAGAACCUGGUGGAACCUUCCCUGAGCAGCUUUGACAUGGCCCAGAAAAGAAUCCAUUCCCUGAUGGAAAAGGAUUCACUGCCUCGCUUUGUGCGCUCCGAGUUUUAUCAGGAGUUAAUCAAGUAGUAAUUUAGCCAGGCUGUGAAAUCAUCCUGUGAGUUAUUUCCUCCAUAAUAACCUGGCAUUUCCCAGUAAUCUAUAUAUCUUCCCAUGGCAGCUUUGCUCAAUGAUACCCACAUGGGAAAAAUCCCAGGGGAUGUUGCUUACUCUUUUUGUGUACACUGCUUUGGAUGCUUAGCUACUCUCCGAAGGCCUUCUUUCCCCACUCAAUUCUUCCUGCCCUGUUCUAAAUUAAGAUGUCUCCAGUUUUAGUCAGACCCAAUCGGAAUCACAGAAAAAUCCUGCCUAAGGCAAAGAAAUAUAAAGCAAGAAUAUGGUAUCAAUGAAUGUGGAUUUAGGUAAUAGAUUUCCACCUAAAUUGGUCUGAAAAAAAAUCUAAGUGUGGACAGACCUAUUUCAAAGGAGCUUAAUUGAUCUCACUUGUUUCAGUUCUGAUCCAGGGAGCUCACUCCUCUAAUUAUUUCUGAACAUGGUUAAUAAAAGGUGAUAAGAUUUUAACGAAGCAGCCACUGUAUAUUUUAAGCAAACAUGUUAUUUAAAAUAUUGAUUCUUCCCUUGGAACACCUUCAUGUGAGCUAGGUAUUAAAAAUAAGAGAUAAAACCAUGAAUAUAUUGUGUUUAUACAAAAUCAAUCUGAACACAAUUCGUAUAGAUUCCUAUUUUUACCUUCCUCACUGCCCCCCCUCCACGUGCCCAUAGUUACCAAAUUCUGUUCUAAAUCAAUGAUCUAAGGUCAGCAGUGAACUACUUUGUAUGUAUCUAUGCUCCUAGACUGUAGGUCAAAUGUUUGCAUUUUCAAAUUAUUUAAAAUUCUUAUUAGUGUAAAAUUCACAAAUUUCUAAAUCCAAUCAUGUAAAAUGAAACUGUUUCUUCAUUGUAGUAGACUCCCAUCUAAAUAUCAAGAUGGCUAUACACUAAAUAGAGAAAAUAUGGUCAAUUCUAAAAUGGCUAAUUGUCCUACAAAGCUAUGAUCAUAGACUAAUGACAUUUGUCUUCAAAACACCAAAUUGUCUUUAGAAAAAUUAAUCUGACUAUAGGUAGAGGCCUUCUAAGGUGAGACACAUUUAAGGUACACUGCAUUUUGCAAAAAAAAAAAAGUAAUCUUUUAGCAACCCCAAUAUUCCCUCACUAUUUUGCUUCCUGCAUUAGUAAAUUUUACUUACAGUCAAAAGCACAGAUUUAUGCUCCUGAUAUGCCUUAUUCACAGCUAAUUGACAGGCCAUAGGAUUUUUGGUAGGUUUAAACUUUUAAUUCUGUAUUUCAUGAUUAUAAGUCUUGCUAGAAUUUUUUCUAAUCUUUAAUAGAUUUGAUUAAAUAAUGGUUCACAGAAUUUAGUAACAAAAUCAAAGUAAACCAUGUAUGAGAGUAAUCGAGAUGAGGAUAUUGAGUUAACUCAAAAGAAAGAGGGUGACUUUUAAAGGAUUAAUAAAAUUCUGAAAUGUUAAGUAGAAUAUUACAUUGUCUAGUCUUGUAUUUCCUCCUUUUGUUGCUCUUUUUCAUUCACACACUCUUAGUUUCCCAUAUUUGUAGCUCAUUUUUUUGGUUAUUUCUUAAGAAUAUUAAAAGUGAAGCAACUAUGUGACUGUAUUCUUCAGGCAAACACCGACUGUGCUUGUUGGAUUUUCCCUAUUUUUGUGACUUCAAGGAUAAUUUGACCUGCUGAAUACUUGCCAUUUCACACUCUCAAAAUGGGUAGAGUGGCUGGGUAUGCUGCCAACAAUUGCUAGUGGUGUGAAUUCAUUCAUAGUUGCCAGCAUUGUUUGUGUCAAAAAAAACGAUCCUUCAUCAAGCAGUUCAGAACUAGGCCAGAUCAAUGUUGCAGUCAUGAAGUUCUCAUUACACGCAAUUGUGUAAGAUUGACAAGAAACUCAGAUAAAAAUUUCCAGGAUGUGCUUCCAGCACCAGCUUCAAUACCUAUCUACAUUGCCCCCAAGCUAAUAAAGUGCCAGCCCUUUACCCUCUCAUACAGCUAAAAAUGUUAGAAAUCCAAAAUCUUGGUGCAUUUUUUCAUAAAUGCUAAAACAUUUAAAGAAAAAUAUAAUGUAAUAAUAUAAAGUUCAAAUAGUUUAUUCACAUUAUUUGAAAUAUCCAGAUGUUUGAAAAUUCCCAGAUAAUUAACUAGCUAUUACAGAUCUCACCCGGAGGGUUGAUGUUAUGAAGACGCCAAUGAACUGUACUCAGAAAUUGACUGGACACCCUAUGAAAGUGGGUAGACGUUUCGGUGGAAAAUAAGAUGGGCUUUUACCUUUUAAUAAAGCUGAAUCUAGGAGGUAGAGGGCAGGAAAGAGCCCCAUGAAAGCCGUUCUGUGGAGAUAUAAAAAGGAUGGAAGACAGAAUGCCCUAUAGUGAUAUCAUAACAUUAUAUCUACAUAUAUGUCUACCUAUAUCUACAGCUAUAUAAUCUUAACAUUUAAAAUCAUAUUCACACACACAUUAGAAACUCUUCUAACAUAUGAAGUAAUAAAAUCAGAAAGAAUAUAAAUAUUCUAGCCCCAAAUGAUAGACCAAAUGUAUUGAAAUUGUUCUAGAAAAUUUCUUUGAACACUGUUGAAAGUUUUUGGUGAAACUUAGAAAAAAUCCUGUGUUACUAAUAAUUUCCAUGGUAAUACAGAUAAAAUACAUUCUUUUAAUUCUGGAAAGUUUGAAAAAGUGGGGUGAUCUUUCCAGGAAAAACAUGUGUAAUAUCUAUUUAUCACUCCAUCUCCUCCUCCUCCUCCUCCUCCUCCUCCUCCUCCUCUCUGUGUUCUCUUGAGUUAAUGUCUGGGAAAGCAUGAAGCUUGAUGCAAGAGCCCUGUGGUGCCAGAGUUUUCAUCCCCUGUGAAAACGUAACUACAGUUGGGAGUGAAUUGGGGUUGUACAAAGGUGGUGGAACGAAAUUGUGGUCAAUGGAAAUAGGAGAAUAUGGUUCUCACUCUUGAGAAAAAAACCUGACUAGCCCAGGUAAUUGCCCAUAACUUAAGUUUUUCUGCCUGGGUUUGAUAUAGUUUAGGGCUGGAAUUAGAUUCAGAUCUAAAUUACAUCAGGACAAAGAGACAGACUAUUAACUCUGCAGUUAAUUAGGAGGCAUGUUCUAUGUCGAUUUGUUAAAGCAGUGUGAAUAACCUUCAAGCAUGUGAAUAAUCUCCUAUCUUCCCCUGACACACACACACACACACACACACACACACACACACACACACACGGAGGCACAUUUUUUUUUUCUUCCAGAUAGACGUCUUUUAAAAUGCAGAACUAACUGAGGCAUUUCAGUAACUUUGCUUUCAAAUUAAUAAAGUCAAACGUGUGGAAACGUUUUGUGCCUCACUCUCCAUACCCCAGGCACUCCAAUUCUGUAUUGUAUAAAUUAUGCUUUAAGUAGAUUUCAGUUUUCCAUGCCAAGGAGAAGAGCUUGGUGAAAGAAGUUAUUUUUAUUUUUAUCCUCUACAAAGCCAUAGAUUUCAUUUGGUAGAUGUAUUCUCUGUACACAAGCCAUUUCAAUAGGAUGGAGCUGUUAAUUAUUCUCCAAAGAGUAGUAGACAUGCAAAAGUUUCAAUAAAAACUGGGCCAUUAACAAAUAAAUUGAUAAACUAAUAAGCAUUCCCUUCUAGGUUUUUGCCGAACUGCCUAUCCAAUGACAAAUUUGAGAAUCAUUGAAAAGGCUAGUUAUAUCUCAGAGAAAUGAUUUUCAAUAUUGAAACUGUUUCCCCUAGCAGGCCAUUUUCCCUGUUUCCUGGGAAUUUAGCAAGUUUAGGAGAGAAUGAUCAUGAGAAGAAAGGGAAGAAAGGGGAGAAGGGAAGUGGUUAAAAUGUUAGUGCCGAGACCUGUGAAAUUAAUCCCUUUGCUGGGAAAUAUUUAAUAGCAGUUCAGAAUGGUUGAAACUAGCUUUUGUCAUCUUCCUUAUUUGCAGGAAGGUAUUUCCUGACUUGCAAUGCAGCUAGAUGUAAAAUUUUAUUUUAACAGCCUAGAAAGCCUUGACU